AUGGGUUCCACCCAGGUCAACAAAUCCGAUGCUGGAUCCGAUCGGAUUCCUGGAAACGGAAUUGCAUUGGAAUCCGACUCGAAAAAUCCCAAAAUCCAUGUUUCGGAUCCGAGACCGUCGGAAUCCAAUACGAUUCCGACACCAGGAUUUCAUCGGAUCCGUCGAAUUCCUGUAGGAUUUGAUAAAAUCCUAUAUUGGGUCCGAUGGGAACCGAACAUUGGCUCCAUGAUUGACGGUCAAAAACUCCUUCAUCAAUUUCGACCGUCUAAUCUCAUUGCAAAUGACUUUGCAUAUGAUAAAUACCAUCCACUAGAUGAAAUUCAUUCGUGGAUUGAUACUAUGGUUCAGACCUAUCCCUCAUUAGCAACAUCAUUUAUUGUUGGACAAUCUUAUGAAAAUCGAACAAUAAAAGGUUUGAAAAUAUCAUCAAAUAAACAAGUCAUGAAACGUGAUGGCACUCCUAUCAAUAAGAAGAAAGCUGUAUGGUGGGAUGGAGGUAUUCAUUCACGAGAAUGGAUAAGUCCAGCAACGAAUAUCUAUAUUGCUUAUUCACUUCUGUCGAAUUAUGGCAAAGAUGCAACUAUCACUCAUUUUGUCGACCAAUUCGAUUAUUAUAUUUUGCCAGUUUUCAAUGUCGAUGGUUAUGUAUAUACAUGGACCAAAGAUCGAUUAUGGCGUAAAACUCGAAGCAAAACAUCGAAUCCUCGUUGUUUUGGUGCCGAUCCAAAUCGUAAUUGGGAUUAUCACUGGUGUGAAGCUGGAGCGUCACGUGAUCCAUGCGAUGAGACUUACUGUGGCAGUAAAGCAUUUUCAGAGGUUGAAACAGCACAAGUUGCUCAAUUCAUCAGUGAUCAUGGUGAUACAAUUGUACACUACAUAAACUUUCAUUCUUAUUCACAAUAUUGGAUGUCACCAUGGGGUUACACGACGACCAAGCCAGCACAAUUCAAAUUACAGGAUGAUGGAUCUGCUGUUGCAGUUCAAGCAUUGGGUGCUGUGUUUGGCACGAAAUAUGUUCAUGGAAGCAUUGCUACAGUUGUUUAUGUUUCAUCGGGUAGUAGCGCCGAUUGGACAUAUGGUAAAGUCAAUAUAACAUUUAGCUAUGGCGUCGAACUUCGAGAUACUGGUAAAUAUGGAUUUUUGCUGCCAGAAGACCAAAUUAUUCCAAGUGGCCAAGAAACAUUGGCUGGCGAAUUGGCUUUGUUGAGAUAUAUUGAAGAGCAUGUUUAUGAAAAAGAUUUCUAG